AUGCGUUCUGCAUCAUUUCUUCUAUGGGGUCUGGUACCUCUCCUUUCAUCCGCCCAACUCACUGGUAGAGUCGGGCCCCUCAAGUCAGCGGCUGAGAAGGCCGCUUAUAAAACGUGCAAUGUUCUUGAUUACGGAGCAGUCGCCGACUUGUCAACUGAUAUUAGUGAACCAUUACUGGACGCCUUUGCGGACUGUAAUGGCGGCGGUCUGGUGUAUGUUCCGGAAGGAGAGUAUGCCUUGUCGAGCUGGGUCCUCUUUGAUAAAGGAAAGUCCUGGGCUCUGCAACUUGACGGUGUGAUCUACCGUAAUGGAACCGACGGCGGCAACAUGAUAGCUUUUGAUCACACGAGCGAUUUUGAGAUGUUCAGCAGCACCGGAAAGGGUGCGAUUCAGGGACUCGGGUAUGAGUUUCGUAUUGCGGGACAAUCGACGAAUACCAGGACGUUGAGGUUGCAGAAAACCUCCUCUUUUGCCGUUCAUGAUAUUAUCUUGGUUGAUUCUCCAGCUUUUCAUUUGUCGCUUGACACUGUGACAGAUGGUGAAGUUUACAAUGUUGUCGUUCGCGGGGGCAACUCCGGUGGGCUAGAUGGUAUUGAUGUGUGGGGUGAGAAUGUCUGGGUCCAUGAUGUCGAAGUGACUAAUAAGGAUGAGUGUGUGACUGUCAAGAAUCCAUCCCAUAACUUGUUGAUCGAGAACGUCUACUGCAACUGGAGUGGAGGUUGCGCAAUCGGAUCCAUUACCUCAGGCACGAAUAUCACGGACAUCAUCUACCGUAACGUGUACACUCAUUCGUCCAACCAGAUGUUUAUGAUCAAGAGUAACGGGGGUGACGGAUACGUGAGGAAUUUGGCUCUAGAGAAUUUCAUUGGACACGGAAAUGCCUAUUCCCUGGACAUUGACAGCGCCUGGAGCAACAUCGAGACAGCCGACGGAGAUGGUGUCGAGUUUUCAAACAUUACCAUAUCCAAUUGGAAGGGCACUGAAGCGAAUGGGGCGCAACGUGGUCCGAUCAAGAUCCUCUGUCCUGAUGAUAAUCCUUGCUACGAUAUUACGAUGAAGGACUUUGCCAUGUGGACGGAAACCGGAGACAGCCAGACCUAUUUCUGCCAGAGCGCUUAUGGGGACGGAUUCUGCCUCCAAGAUGGUGACGAUCUGAAGGAGUACACAACGACCCUGACUGCCACCAGCGCACCGACUGGCUACACAGCACCCACAAUGAAGGAAGAUCUUUCCGAAGGGAUAGCUUUGAACACAUCCAUUGCGAUUCCUACUAUUCCCGCCUCCUUUUACCCCGGUGUGACGCCAUACAGCCGCAUCGCAGGCGGCAGCUCAGCAGCUGUAACCCCCAGCUCGAGUGUUGCACCCCCUUCGAGCUCUGUAAACGCCAGCUCAAGUUUCGUCGCAUGGAGUUCUUCAGUUCAUGUCUCAUCAUCGUCGAGGGCUGUCAGCUCGCCAUCCAUGACCAAAGAGAGCCCUUCAUCAUAUUGGACAAGGGCUACAGCAACACCCACUACGACUGCUGCAACUGGCACCCAGCCCACCAAUCCCGUCGAGAAGAAGCCGUCCGCUGAUACCGAAGUAGUAGUUGGAAAGUGUGGUUUUGCCGCACCCCCAAGCCAGAAGCCCCAUCACCAUGUACACCACAACUCUCCUCACCACCAUUGA